AUGUUCAAUGUAAUUAAAUUUAUCGAAGGAGAAAAAAAUGGAGCAACCAUACCAUUAUAUAAUGUCAAUGAUCGUAUAAUGGCUGCACUUCAAAUAUCGCAUGGUUCUCUAGUUAAUUUGAAAAAUGAAUUAAAACAGUUAGAAGAACAACAAAAAGUUCUUGAACAGCAGUUAUUUAAACAACAACAGCAACAACGACCAUUUGUACUUGCGCAGAAAUAUAAAAACGAGCGUUUACAUCGACGAUCAUCUUCACCUUACACGAUACCAACAAUUGACCAGUCCAGAAGUACGAAUACGCCUCGUCCAGCUGCUAAAUCACCAGCCAAACAUGAUCGUCGUACAAAUCCGACGGAAGCAACCAAUUAUGUCAAUCACGUUAAACAAUGUGAGGCGAUAUUCAAGAAAGCCGAUAUGUUUGCUGAAAGAAUUGAAGAAGAAUUAAGUGAUGAUGACGACGAAGAUGAAUAUAGUGUUUAUAGUGUAGAUACAGAUGAUGAUGAUGGUGGUGAUGAAUGA